AUGGGUGGCUUGCUCAGCGUGGGGGCGGCUGGGGGUAGUGGUCCCUGCCCGUAUGUCAUUCGCACAGGUGACCGCACUGGUCAGACAUGCGGGAGGCUCCACACCCAAUACCGCUGCUUCUCUCGUCUUACCAGCGCCUUCCGCACGGAGUUUCCCGACGCGGCUGAGCUCCCCCGCUGGGCAGAGCUACUUAGGCAGGGUGUAGACAUCAUUGCUCUUGAUUAUGAAGCUAUCCUUUCUACCAUGUAUGCAUUGACUGUUAGUGCUGAGGGUGACUGUUACCUGUGUAUGCCGCCAGACCCAGGUAGAGAGGCUGCUGCUCUAGGUGCUAGUGAGUCUACUGCUCUAGGUGCUGGUGAGUCUGCUUUCUCUGGUACUGCAUCUGCUGAGGCCUUGCACACCUUCACGCUUGAUUCAGGUGCUUCCCGCUGUUUCUUUCGCGACAGUACCACAGUCACACCGCUCUCUGCACCUGUUGCUGCCUCUCUGGCUGACCCCUCUGGGGGCCCGGUUCUUGCACGUUCCUCCACUCUUCUCCCAUGUCCGGCGGUUCUCUCUGGCUCACUGUCACGUCUUCACCUCCCCUCGUUCUCUACGAAUUUGACUCUCCUUUGGCACCACCGCCUUGGUGACCCCUCUGUGGCACGCCUUCGUGGCAUGCACUCCCGUCUCUUUGGCUCUGGACUUCCCAUGUCUCUGCCUCCCCUCCCACCCUCGCCUGCCCCUCCCUGCCUUCCCUGUGUCGAGGGGCGGCAGCGCGUCGCUCCUCACUCCUCCUCGUUUCCCCCGAUGACUGCUCCCCUGCAGACUCUCCAUAUGGACGUGUGGGGCCUAGCCCGCGUCAGUGGACAGGGCCGCGAGCAAUAA